GUGUGUGUGUGUGUGUGUGUGUGAGUUACGGGUGCGUACAGUAUUACAACAUGGCUGAGCAGAAGAUUGGAGACAAACUCCUGUCCAUCAGGGGCUUCGUCUUUGCUGAAAAAUACAAGGACAUCCUCACACCGCAGUACAUGGACAGUCUGGGGACAUUCCAGAUCAAAGACGAUGACGUGUUUAUUGUUACCUUCCCUAAAUCAGGUACGGUUUGGAGUCAACGCAUUGUGACACUGCUGUAUGAGGAUAAGUUUCCUGAGGCUGUGAAUCAGACAUCAUUUGAACAGAUGCCAUGGCUGGAGAUACCCCAGGAGGGGCUGGACUAUAACACUCGCCGCUCCCCCCGCCUCUUCUGCUCUCACCUUCCAGAGCACCUCAUUCCCCGUGGUCUACAGGACAAAGGAAAGAUCAUCUAUGUGAUGAGGAACCCCAAAGACAUCAUGGUGUCCUACUUUCACUUCUCUCAUUACCUUAAGGCCUUAAAGCCGGCAGAGACGUACAAUGAGGUGAUGGAGAAAUUCUUCAGCGGGCAGAUGUUCGGCGGCUGCUGGUUUGAUCACAUUAAAGGCUGGUACACCAACAAGGACAAAUACAACAUCCUGUUCCUCAGCUAUGAAGAGAUGAUCAGGGACCUGAGAGGUGCCAUUGUGAAGAUCUGUGAGUUUUUGGGUAAAAAUGUAUCAGAUGAGGUCAUCAACAGCGUGGUGGAGAAAACGAGCUUCAACAACAUGAAGAAAGACCCGAAAGCCAACUACACAUUUUUACCUGAUGAUAUUGCAAAUUUUGGGAAAUAUGGUUUCCUCCGCAAAGGUACAGUGGGAGACUGGAAGAACUCUCUGACCGUGGCACAGAAUGAACACUUUGACCGUGUUUAUCAGGAACGAAUGAAAGACCUGCCGCUUGACUUUGUUUGGGACGUCACUGAUCUACAUGCAUAACACACUCUGAUCAUGAUGGAUGCUGUUAUUGUUGGGAAUAUAGUGAAUAUAAGUAGCAUUUCUAAUGAUGAUCCAUAAUGUGUAUUCUCAUGUGUGUGCAAAAAUGUUAUGACUGAAACUAUGCUGAAACUCAUGUAAUCAUCGAAUGCACCUAUGCACAUUGCACAUACUUCUGCAAACUCUGAUCCUUUUUCUCAUAUUGGGUAAGAGGAGACUCUGUACAGGUUGUGACAAGAAACUUAACUUCUCUGCAGCAGGACCAGUAGUUCCGCGAAUAACAUGUCCGUUUAUUUCUGUGAACCUUGGACAUUGUAUCAUCUGCACUUACACUCAUGAUUACAUUAUCUGCUCAGGAACAGUCACACCCUGUGUGACGCACAUGUUGUACCUUAAAUAAGCACAAAUAGUGAGGGGAGAAAGAUGGAAAACGACUAGCACGCUGCUCUCACCGUCACUUGUUUAGAUUUAAUCUCAACAUCCAAAACAGUCACAAAACCAAAUGAAACAGUUAUUUUUAACAAAACAGUUCCAGUUGGCAUCACAACAAACAUUUAAAUCUUUUUUCUUAACAUAAAACAUGAAUAUGAAAUCAAUCAGGUUAGACACUACUGGCGACCAAAUUUAAGUCUCCAUGUGGAGUUCUACUGCUGGACCAUGUGCUUCAUGUAGCUAACUCAGUUAAACAAACACUAAUAAAACUAAUAGAGUUAUAGAAAGAAUAUAAAUCUUUACUAUUUUCUACAACAAUAAAGAUAUGAUUACCAACAA